AUGUGGUACGUCAGCACUCGGGGAAUGGCCCCCCGAGUGAACUUUGAGGGGGCCCUCUUCUCUGGCUAUGCAUCCGAUGGGGGCCUCUUCAUGCCUGAGAUGCUCCCACAGCUGGAUAGAGAGACCCUUCGUAAGUGGAGCAUGCUAUCCUACCCUGACUUGGUGAAGGAACUGUGCGCCCUAUUCAUUGGCCCCGAACUCAUUACAAGAGAUGAUUUACACGAUCUGAUCCAUCGGGCCUUCAGCAGAUUCCGGCACCAAGAGGUUGUCCAUCUGUCCAAGUUGAGGAAUGGGCUGAAUGUGUUGGAGCUGUGGCAUGGAGUCACGUAUGCAUUUAAAGACCUGUCCCUGAGCUGCACAGGACAGUUCCUGCAGUAUUUCCUGGAGAAGAGGGAGAAGCAUGUCACGGUGGUUGUAGGAACUUCUGGGGACACAGGGAGUGCUGCCAUUGAGAGUGUUCAAGGAGCAAAGAAUGUGGACAUCAUCGUUUUGUUACCCAAGGGUCACUGCUCCAAGAUUCAGGAGCUCCAGAUGACGACGGUGCUGAAGGAGAAUGUUCACGUGUUUGGAGUGGAGGGAAACAGCGAUGAGCUUGAUGAACCCAUCAAGACCGUGUUUGCCGAUGUGGGUUUUGUCAAGAAGCACAAUCUGAUGAGCCUUAAUUCCAUCAACUGGUCCCGGGUCCUCAUUCAGAUGGCCCACCACUUCUUUGCCUACUUUCGGUGUGCACCAUCCAUGGACAUGGACCCCCUGCCCCUUGUGGAGGUGGUUGUGCCAACUGGGGCUGCUGGCAACCUUGCAGCUGGAUGUAUUGCUCAGAAGAUGGGCCUGCCCAUCAGCCUGGUUGCAGCAGUGAACCACAAUGACAUCAUCCACAGGACUGUCCAGCAGGGGGACUUCUCUCUGUCCAAGGCUGUCAAACCAACCUUGGCAUCAGCUAUGGACAUCCAGGUGCCCUACAACAUGGAGAGGAUCUUCUGGCUGCUGUCCGGCUCUGACAGCCAGACGACAAGAGCGCUCAUGGAGCAGUUUGAAAGAACCCAAAGUCUGAGCCUGCCCAAAGAACUACACAACAAGCUUUCAGCGACUGUGACGUCUGAGUCAGUGUCGGAUGAGGCCAUUACCCAGACCAUGGCUCGAUGCUGGGAAGAGAACCAGUACUUGCUGUGUCCUCACUCGGCAGUGGCCGUGAGCUACCAUUACCAGCAGAUGGAUAGGCAGCAGUCCAGCAGCACUCUCAGGUGCUGCCUGGCCCCUGCCUCUGCAGCCAAGUUCCCAGAAGCUGCCCUGGCAGCUGAGCUGAACCUGGAGGUUCCUGAGGAAAUCCUGGCCUUGGAGCUCAAGGAGACACGCUGCACUCCAAUGAGGAGAGAUGAUGACUGGACACAGAUGCUUCUGGGCACCAUUGAGGCCCUAAGCGGGCAGUGGAGGGGCUGUGCCCAGGACUCCUCAGAGCAGCCAGGCUGGAGAUGA